UUGGCUAUAUGUCUUGUAAAAGUGGAAAACCUAUAAAUGAUUCUUGUAUUUGUUGUAUAUCCAGAGGCAUUAGCUACAAUGCCUGGGGCAACUAUUUGGUCAUUAAUAUUUUUUCUAAUGUUACUUACAUUAGGAUUAGAUAGUUCGUUUGGAGGUUCAGAAGCAAUAAUUACUGGUUUAAGUGAUGAAUUCCCAAUAAUUAAACGAAAUAGAGAAAUUUUUGUUGCAAUUCUUUUCUCUUUUUAUAUGUUAAUUGGAAUAACAAUGUGCACAAAAGGGGGAAUGUUAGUAAUGGAAUGGCUUAUUGUUUACAGCACAACAUGGGGGCUUUUAAUAGCUGUCUUUUGUGAGACUGCCGUUAUUUCCUUUAUUUAUGGUAUCAAACGUUUCUGUUCUGACAUUCAAAAAAUGCUUGGAUUUAAGCCUGGUUAUUAUUGGAGAAUUUGUUGGACAAUUGGAGCACCUAUUUUUCUUAUUGCAAUGAUUAUUUCGAGUUUUAUUAAUUUACAACCUCUACAAUAUCAAGAUUAUAUUUACCCCCCAAUAGCUAAUUUAAUUGGAAUUAUUUUUGCACUUUCUUCUGUUUCAGCAAUUCCAUUAGUUGGAAUUUAUAUGUUAAUUAAAGCAAGAGGACAAACAAUUAAUGAAAAAUUUUGUCAAGUAAUUAAACCUUUAUUUGAAGAAGAAAAUAAUGAAAAUAAUUUAAUUUACCGGCCAGAAUUAAUUCGUGCUAGUCGAUUGACUUAUGCUAGAGUAAAUAUGUUGGCAAUGAAUGAAAGUUUGGAUUUUAAUGAAAUUGAAAGAGGAAAGUUUAAUAAAUCAGAAGUUAAUACUUUAAAUAAUUUUGUUGAUUAUAAUGAUAUUUUACUUUAA